CGCGUGGGGACAUGCGCAGAGAGACUGCAGGCUCCUGGUGGCGGCCCUGGGGGUUCUCCAACUUAGAAUGCCUUAGCUUUAGUUUUUUUACCCACCGGUUUAGGGUAAAAGACCGGCAGUCUCAAGGAGAAGAGACAGGAUUCCGGCUCCAGAAGCACGGUCUGGAGUCAGGGCGUGGGCCCGGGGAAUCCGCAGUCUGAAACAGGAAACUGCCCUAGCCCCGGACGAGCGUUCUCCGUGGGAUAGUCAGGAAACUUGCCACGGUAGGGAACGGGCCCUGCCUUCCCAGAGCUCCUCUAAAGGAAGAUGACUCAAGACCGACCUUUGCUUGCUGUGCAGGAGGCCCUGAAGAAGUGCUUUCCUGUGGUGGAGGAGCAGCAGGGCUUGUGGCGGAUCACUCUGAGGGACUGUGAACCCCUCCUGGCUUCCCUGGGCAACCUGGCAGAGCAGCUGCAGGCGGCACAGAAUCUGCGAUUCGAGGAUGUGCCAUCACUUCGGGCCUUCCCAGAUUUAAAGGAGCGGCUGAGGCGCAAGCAGCUGGAAGCUGGUGAUACUGUCCUGGACAAGUUAGGGGAGAGGCUAAACACUCUCCUCAAGGUGCGUGACACGGUCAGCAGCCAUGUGGAGCGAGUGCUUCAGAUCUAUGAGCAGCAUGCAGACACGGUGGGCAUUGAUGCUGUCCUACAAGCUUCGGUUGUGAGCCCCUCUGUGGCUGACAUGCUGGAAUGGUUGCAAGAUAUUGAGAGACAUUAUCGAAAGUCGAAGGUACCUGAAGAGAAAGUACCUCCUGUCCUCCAUCCAGUGGGGAGACUUGGCAAACAUCCAAGCUUUGCCCAAGGCCUGGGACCAGCUUCCGGAAGAUGAACACCAAGAGCUUGUGCAAGGUGCUGAUAUCCUAUUGAAUGUUUCCUUCUUCCUGGAAGAAUAAAGAAGCUGCGUGUUUAUCUGGAGACUAGGGGGAUGCAGUUGAAGACUGGCCUUCUGCAUUCUGGUGUUUCUGAAGUAAUGGCGGUAUUGCGACCCCUGACGUGUUUGCCAACUCAAUGCCUACGGUCUAAGGACUGGCUCUUGGGAGGAUUGUGCUUAAUGCUUCUGAUGUUGGGGCUUUUCCUUGCCAGGUCAUGGCUGAGAGCACAUGACCCCCCUUUGAGGUAGAGAGAAUGCAGGAAAGGCAGUGCGGAAGAACACUGGGGGCAGAAGCAGCAGCCACAGAAGUGGUAGGGGAGGCAAGGACAGGGUAGAGAGCGGCACCACCCUCCGCAUCAUCCAGAGCUCUGAGCCUCGUUGAUGCCAGGUCCUAGUUUCAGGUAUUUGUGUCACUACUGAAUUCCUUCAUAAAAGAAAAAAUGGCUUCAGUGUCUUCAAGAAAGAAGGGUGAUGCUGAUGGAAACAGUACAGGUCUCCCUCAGCUUAUAGUGGGGGCACAUCCCAAUAAACCCACCUUAAGUGGAAAACAAUGUGAGUCAAAAGCGUAUACUACACUGACCUACCAAACAUAGCUCAGCCCAGUCCACCUUAAAUGUGCUCAGAACAUGUACAGUGGGGCAAAUUAGCUUAAGUCUAACAACACAAAGUUUAUUUUAAAAUAAAGUGCUAAAAAGUGUUGAA